GUCCCCGCGCUCAGAGUCUCCAGAACUCUCCAGUCCACACUCUGAUUCUACACUCAAAUUUUUCCGAACUUCCUCAGACAUCUUUCUAUAUAGAAGAUACUAUAAAUUCGCGGUUUCUAUUCUAGACUCACCUCCAGAUUCUUGUACUCAAAGCAACUCAAAAACAGCUUUCGAAGCUCUGAAACAUAGACCGACUUUUUUUUCUUUGUUGUGUGAAUUGAGAGUUUUUAGUAUGGCGGCCAAUCCUGAAAAAGGUAUAGGCAUCGACCUGGGCACAACCUACAGCUGCGUAGGAGCUUGGAUUAACGACCGCGUCGAGAUCAUCCCCAACGACCAAGGCAACCGUACUACCCCGUCGUACGUAGCGUUCACCGACACCGAGAGACUGGUCGGCGAUGCAGCGAAGAACCAGGUGGCCAUGAACCCGGAGAACACAGUUUACGACGCCAAGCGUCUCAUCGGUCGGCGAUAUUCCGACCAUUCUGUCCAGAACGACAUGAAGCUCUGGCCCUUCAAGUUGAUCCCUGGUCCCGGCGACAAGCCUCUGAUCGUGGUCAGGUACAAGGGUGAAGAGAAAAAGUUUACCCCAGAGGAAAUAUCCUCCAUGAUACUGGCGAAGAUGAGGGAGAUAGCAGAGGCUUUUCUGGGUCAGCCUAUAAAGAACGCAGUGAUCACGGUCCCGGCUUAUUUCAACGAUUCGCAGAGGCAGGCCACGAAGGACGCUGGGGUCAUUGCGGGGGUCAAUGUUAUGAGGAUUAUCAACGAGCCAACUGCGGCUGCUAUCGCUUACGGGCUGGACAAGAAGGGCACGAGGAAAGGUGAGCAGAACGUGCUCAUUUUCGACCUUGGUGGCAGCACUUUCGAUGUAUCUAUGUUGUCGAUCGAGGAGGGUAUUUUCGAGGUUAAGGCCACGGCGGGUGAUACUCAUCUUGGGGGUGAAGAUUUCGACAACAGGCUGGUGAAUCACUGCGUGUCCGAGUUUCGGAGGAAGCACAAGAAGGAAAUCAGUGGCAAUGCGAGAGCGUUGAGACGGCUGAAGAAUGCGUGCGAGAGAGCCAAGAGGGCGCUGUCUUCGACGACGCAGACUACCAUAGAGAUCGAUUCUCUGUACAAAGGGAUUGAUUUCUACACGACGAUCACGAGGGCGAGGUUCGAGGAAUUGAACAUGGAUUUGUUCCUGAAAUGUAUUGAGACGGUGGAGAAAUGCCUGCGAGAUGCGAAGAUCGACAAAGGCCAAGUUCAUGACGUGGUUCUUGUAGGCGGGUCCACGAGGAUUCCCAAAAUUCAGAACAAGUUGCAGGACUUUUUCAAUGGGAAGGAGCUUUGUAAGAGUAUUAACCCCGAUGAAGCUGUGGCUUACGGUGCUGCGGUUCAGGCAGCGAUUCUGACCGGCGAAGGGAGCGAGAAGGUGCAGGACUUGUUGCUGCUCGAUGUCACGCCGCUUAGUCUUGGGCUCGAAACUGCUGGUGGUGUUAUGACAACUCUGAUUCCGAGGAACACGACGAUUCCGACGAAGAAAGAACAGAUUUUCUCUACGUAUUCGGAUAAUCAGCCUGGGGUUUUGAUCCAAGUCUAUGAAGGAGAGCGAGCUCGGACCAAGGACAACAAUCUUCUCGGCAAAUUCGAGCUCUCGGGCAUCCCUCCCGCACCCAGAGGGGUUCCUCAGAUCAAUGUCACCUUCGACAUAGACGCGAAUGGAAUUUUGAAUGUCGCGGCAGAGGACAAGACAGCUGGUGUGAAGAACAAGAUCACCAUCACAAACGAGAAGGGAAGGCUAAGCAAAGACGAGAUUGAUAAGCUGGUGCGAGAUGCAGAGAAGUACAAGGCAGAGGAUGAGGAGGUGAAGAAGAAGGUGGACGCAAAGAACGCACUGGAGAACUACGCGUAUAACAUGAGGAACACGCUGCGGGACGAGAAGAUAGCGAGCAAGUUGGACCCGGCAGACAAGGAAAAGAUCGAGAAGGCGGUGAACGAGGCAUUAGAGUGGCUGGAGAAGAACCAGUUGGCGGAGGUGGACGAGCUCGAGGACAAGCUGAAGGAGCUGGAGGGGAUAUGCGGUCCUGUCAUUGCUAAGAUGUAUCAGGAGGGUGGUGGUGGUACUGGACAUAUGCCACCCGGUGGCGGCGGCGGCAGCGGCAGCUCAACUGGUUCAGGUUCAGGACCAGGGCCGAAGAUUGAAGAGGUUGAUUGAGGUUAAAGACUGAGGUUUAUUUACGUAUGCAAGUGGCUGCAUCUGCAUGGGGUUAGCUAUUUGUGAGUUAAGUGGGUGGGCAUAUGGAGUCGGUCGAGUCUAUCUAUGUCUAGUUAUAUGUAAAUUAAGGUUGUAAUGUUGGGUUUUCUAGUUUUAUUAGCCUCUAUAAAUAAAGCUACCUUUUCAGUUAUGGUACCAAACUGACCGUUCAAACUUCUACUUUGUAUUCCAGUUUGGCACAUUUAGCACGUGUGUUUAUCUUAUCCUUGCCAAUACUAAAUAACUAUGCCUGUUCUGGA